AUGUUAGAUUAAGUUUAAUUUGACAUGCAGACAUGACUUAGUAUAAUAAAUGUAUCAGUCCAUGCAUAUUCUACGUAACAUUUCUGUCAAAGAUUAAUAUUGUCAAAACGUUUUCCAAGUUUGCCAAGAGGCGCCUGGCUGGUCGUUGCGCGUUCGCGUGUCAACGUGGCGUUUCAUAGCCAGUAGAUUUGAGAAUUUUGCCCGGUUCCGCCCAGCUUCGUUGUGUGAUUGGCUGCUUUCCAUGUCAGUAUAACAUUUUUGAGCGCAUGUAACGCUGAUCCCUCCGCCCACUUUUGCGUGCACUUUAAAGAAGAACAGUGCCAACGCGUACUGCUCAAUUUAGGAUAAACGGGUGUAUUCAAACAGAAAUCACUGCGGGCUUGAGAAAACAUGCAGCUGCUCUUUUUGGGGAUGCUUGCCCUGCUUGUCAGGGUCACAUUUGCUGUGCCCGCACAGGAGAAGCGUGUGCAUCGGCAGCCUGACCUCAGUGACCAUGUUCACGAUGAUGCCCAUGGUUACCAGUAUGACCACGAGGCCUUCCUGGGCAAAGAGGAAGCCAAGACCUUUGACCAGCUAAGCCCAGAGGAGAGCAAAGAGAGACUUGGAAAGAUUGUUGAUCGGAUAGACACAGAUAAGGAUGGCUUCAUCAGCCACGCAGAGCUACAGAACUGGAUUAAACACAGGCAGAGGAAGUACAUCGAGGAAAAUGUGGACAAGCACUGGAAAGAAUACGACCAGAACAAGGAUGGGAAGAUUGCAUGGACCGAGUACAAGAACACUACCUAUGGUUAUUACAUAGCUGAAGAGUUUGAUGAUGUUGAUGUUGAUGAUAAAGUGAGUUACAAAGCCAUGCUCACUAGAGAUGAGAGGCGGUUUAAGUCAGCAGACCGGGACGGGGAUGGUAUUGCUACAAGGGAAGAGUUUACAGCCUUCCUCCAUCCAGAGGAGUUCGACCAUAUGAAAGGCAUUGUCAUACAGGAAACAAUUGAGGACAUUGACAAGGAUGGUGAUGGUCAAAUUAAUCUGCAGGAAUACAUUGGGGACAUGUUCACCCCUGAAGAUGGAGAGAGUGAACCAGACUGGGUCACAACGGAAAAGAAACACUUUUCAGAGAUCAGAGACAUUAACAAGGACGGUUUCAUUGAUGCCAGUGAAGUAGCUCAGUGGAUUCUCCCAGGAGAGGUUGACCAAGCUGAUAAUGAGGCCAGGCAUCUCAUUCAUGAAACUGAUCAAGAUAACGACGACAAAAUCACCAAGAAGGAGAUUCUGGCAAACUGGAACAUGUUUGUUGGGAGCCAGGUGACAAAUUACGGAGAGGAUCUCACCAAAAGACAUGAUGAGCUUUAAUGCAAUCAUAUACUGUAUGGGUUUAUGGGACGAAAAGGCAGGGAAUACAUUUUUGGUGUUUGUGAGAUAUUGAGGAGGACAUUUAAUAAGAAAAUUACAGUAAAUUCUCCUUAACCUGUUGGGUAGGUUUACAUUUCCAAAGUCAAAGGUCAGGGGUAAGGCUUUACGGUUACAGGAUUUGGGUUUCUGGGUGCAUGAAGGUAAGAAUCUUACCGAGACAUAUAAUUUAAUUUAUUGUCAGACAUUUCAUCCAUUGCAGUUUCCAGGGGAAACAAACAAAAUACGUAAGAAUCAAGAACACUCAGAUUCCGUGUGAAUAGACACUCCACCUCACUCAAGUUGCAUGAGGCAAUAGACAUAGUCUUCACUUGUUAGAGCUCAGAGAUGCUCAGGAAUACCGCACUGACUACAGGGCCAGUUGCAGAUAGAGUUACUGUAACAGGCCUGUUUUGACUGUUACAAACAACUUGAUAUUACACCAGUGGUCUGUGAUUUCUCAUUUAAUGUACCACGCUUAUGAUUAUAAGCAUAGAUGGGGACAAAGGAGAAAUUAAGCCAGGGUAAGCUGGGAGAAAAAAGGAGACAGAAGUGAUUGACACUGUAUUGGUGGAACAUUUUUCUCUCUGUGAAUUCUAAAUAAAGCCAUGUUGGUUUUUUUAAUUAAUUUUGGAGUGGGAUUUCAUUUCAAUGACUAAUGCAUCUCUUUUUUUAAGAUAAGUUAGAAUUACAAACUUUUCAAAUCACAUUUUAAGCAAAAUGCCUACUUAAAACCUAUUCUCAACCAUCACUAUCUCAUUGAAAACUAAAUCAACCAUUGCUCUCUGCAUUUCCUAAACUGUGUCUGUG